GAGCCCACAGCCGGCCCGGCCGGGCCGCGCCGCCGCCACCACCACCACCACGGUUGCUGCUGAGCCUUUCCUGGAGGAACAUGGAGUGAGAGAGGAGCUUCAGCAGACCCUGGCUGCCAGUGCCCUUUGCAUGGACCCUGAUGGACACGGAGGGAGGACUGCAUUACCAUGGUGAUGAUCUUAACCAAAACUGGGCAAAACAAAGGUGCUGACUCUGUAACAUGCAGGACUGAGCUGCACACUCCAAAGAUGAGUCAAGGACCUACCCUCUUCUCCUGUGGCGUCAUGGAAAAUGAACAGAUGGAGAGACCUCAGGCAGAAAUGCCCUCUCCAGCUGGAGCAGCGGGCGGCAUCAUGGGACUGUUAGUCGGACAAGGGCGAGGAGGGCUCUCGUGGCCAAGGGACGCGGCCACCCACCUGCUCGGUCACCAACCUGAUCAAAGACCUCAGCCUCAGCGACCCCCAUGGCCACCCCACCGCCCCCCAAGCAAACGCCCAGUGCGUUCCUCUCCUUUUUCUGACGAGAUGGUCGGCCUGCGGGACCUCCCUGGAGGCCCUUGGGCUCCCGGGUUUGGAACGCCGGUGGGAGAAGCGGCGGUGCUACAGCGGGGGCAGCGUCCAGCGUUACUCCAAUGGCUUCGCCCCCAUGCAGAGGAGCUCCAGCUUCAGCCUCCCCGCCCGAUCCAACCUUUUUUCCAGUGACCAUCCUGCCCUCCUCAGCCGGCCGGGAUGCCAGCCCGGGAAAGGGAAGGGCGGCGGGGGAGAGCGGGCGGACAUGCAGAGAUCCCUCUCCUGCUCGCACGACCGCUUCUCCUCCUCCUCGGAGUAUGGCCCUCCCUCAGCCUGCAGCACCCCGGCUUCCACCCCAGAGCUGGGACGGAGAGCUGGGGGGCUGUCCCGGAGCCGCUCCCAACCCUGUGUCCUCAACGAUAAAAAAGUUGGGGUGAAGAGGAGGAGGCCUGAGGAGGUGGUUCAGGAGCAGCGGCCCUCGCUGGACCUCGCCAAGAUGACCCAGAACCGCCAGACCUUCAACAGCCUCACCUGCCUUAGCUCCGGGGCUGUCCCCGGCCCCCACCCAUGGACCUCCACCCCCUGCUCCCCAGAGGUGAUGCCUGGCAGGACCCCCGCCUGCACCCCAGUACCGGACCCACCGGGUUCUCGGGCCCAGGAACGCCAGCCCGGCCGGGAUGAGCUCUCCUGUGAGGAGGAGGAGGAAGGAGGUGGGAAGGAGGAGGAUGGGACGGCGUGGCGGAGCGGGGGGACGGGCACCGAGAGCCUCUUCCAGCUGGAUGGUGAGAUAGACAUCGAGCAGAUCGAGAACAACUGAGGAGGGAGUGGAUCCUCUCACCCCAGGUUUUGGAUGGAGGGGUGUGUGUGUGUGUGUGUCCUGCCCACUGCUCUCACAGCUGGAGGGGGACGAAGCAGCUUUGCCAAAAUUCCGUCAGGUAUUCCCAGCAAUCCGUGUGCAUGCGCGUUGUAAACCUUGAAAUCCUUUGUGAACUACUGUAGCCAGAGCUCAGCUGGUGGGAGGGAAGUGGGGCUGCCAGGCUGCCCCCUGGGUCCUGCCUGCCCUUCUUUAUGUGGGGAUGCAUGAGGAGAACCCAUCACCCAUGGGACUGGAAAAA